CGAAGCACAUCACACUGUACUCGUCUUACACACGCACUCAAACACAUUCAAAAGGAAUUCUACAGUAUUGGGCAGGCUGGUGAGUUUAUGAUUUUAACACAAAGAAGGAGGGUGAGAGGUACCCACUGAUGAGACACGUUACUCCACAUUUGAGGGAACUCCCUAGAGUGUGUGUGCGCCCGUGCACUGCUGUCAGAGAUCGGUUGGGGGACCCAAGACGACACAAUGGGCUGUAACCUUUGCACGCUGCAGAAGAGAGAGGAACAUUACAAGCUGCUGUAUGAGAUUGCACAGGUGAAUGGCCGUGACUUUUCAAAGUCCGGACAUGAGGGUACGGUGGAAGCAGUGCGGAAGGAUCCCAUUAUGGUGCAGGUGUUAAGACGGGGCACCUCAUCCCGUAACCAGAGCAACCUACAGGAAGUGUGUGUGGUGGACGUGUGCACUCAGACCGACAUCACCUUUGAACACAUAAUGGCUCUGGCUAAGAUGAGAUCCACUACCCCACCUGUGCCAGACAUUUGCCCUUUCCUACUGUCAGACAGCUGUCAUUCCAUUCAGACAAUGGAGCAUGAAUAUUUUGAUUGUCAAGAAUAUGUAUCCAGCACUCAGGCAGAGGUGGACAGGGCUGAUGAAUUCGAGUGUGAGGAGGUUGUGCUCUGUCGAAUGAACAGUCAGGAAAAGCUGGGUCUGACUCUCUGUUACCGCACUGAUGAUGAGGAGGAUGCAGCUAUUUUUGUUGGCCAGGUCGAGCCCAACAGCAUAGCUGCAAGGGAUGGACGCAUCAGAGAGGGAGACCGAAUUUUACAGAUAAAUGGUCAUGACGUGCAGGACAGGGAAGAGGCUGUCGCUCUCCUCUCAAAUGAAAAUUCCAGAUCUAUUGUGUUUCUCGUCACCAGACCUGAAGGACAAAUGGAUGGAAGCUGGCUUGAUGAAGACCAUCAUGAUUUCCUAGAGGAGCUGAAAAUGGAGAUUUUAGAGGAACAGAAGAAAGAUGGACUUCUUCAAACAGCUGGUUGCGUAAAGCGGUCCAAUAGAUGUGAGGAAAGCUCAACAACCACAGAUACGGCAAUAUGUUCGUCUAGCCUACUAGGGAAGGACAGUGGAGUAAAAUGCAGCUUUGAGGAGAGCUCUGAACAUGAAUCACUCUCUUAUGCCGACUCACGGACUCAAAAACAUUGUCGGGACAGGCGGGAGGUGCGCUCGCAUUUGGUUCCUAUGGACACCAUCAGCUUAGCCAGGCAGGAACUGGGUCAAGAUGGCAGAGUGACUGAUAAUGGUUUGGACAGCUUCCAGCAACUGCUGGAGCUCAAGUGCCAGAUCCGCAAUGGCAGAGAGUGCGGGUUGGUGUACAGGCGAAGCAGCACUAUUGAAUGUAGCCUGAUGGAGCAGGGUGGAGGUGGUGUAGCACGGGAACUGCACAUGCUCAAUGAGGAACUACAUAGCAUUGAACGUGAGUGCCAGAGCAUCAUGCAGGCACACCAACUGCGCAGAAGCAAGCACGACUCCCCUCGAACAGAUAAGGAAAGUCGUUUGAGGUGUGGAAAGCUUGCGGAUAUUAACGAACAUCCUGAAAGACUACAAAGUGAGAAGAUGAAAGAUAAAGACAGCUCUAGUGCCUAUAACACGGCCGAGAGCUCCCGCUCAACGCCACUGGGAACAGAAGGAUCGCCUGACCACUCACUACAGCAUCACAUUCUCUUGACCAAUCAGAGAAACCUUCGAAGUACCCAACACAUUCAGAGUCCAUACAGUAGUCACAUCUUUUCAUUACCCUUUCAAAGCAGCCCUACUUGCAGUCGCUCCCAUACCUACACCAGCUCCACAUCCCCCUUGCAGCCCCCCAUGACCAGUCCUAGUUCGCAAGGCCCCAGCCAAGCCUUUUCCAGCAGCCUAGAGCAAAGCCCCAGCAACCCUUCAGAAUCUGACCCAGCCCUCCCUGCAGACGAUGAACGCUGUGUAAGAGAAAGGAACCGGAGCAAAGUUGGAACCACUCCCCACCAUCCUUCACCCUACCACAGCAACACCACAGCAACCCAGCCACCCAGCACACACCACUACCAGAGCUACCUACAGCUUCUACAACAGCACUCCUCUUCCUCUCUGGAAUACUCCCAGAGCCAGCUCAGCCUCCUUAGUCUUCGUGGUCGGCCCGGUCCUUCGCAACCUGGCCGACUCGAAUGGAAGGUCAAAGUACGGGCAGAUGGAACCAGGUAUGUAGCACGCCGUCCUGCACGAGACCGCAUCCUACGGGAACGAGCCCUACGGAUCCGUGAGGAACGUAGUGGUGGGAUGACCACAGAUGAUGAUGCAGUCAGCGAGCUGAAGAUGGGUCGGUACUGGAGUAAAGAAGAACGCAAGCAGCAACUAGCAAGGGCAAGAGAGCAACGACGCAGGAGGGAGUUCAUGCAGAAGAGCAGAGUGGAGUGCCUCAGGGAGACAAUGGGGACAGCGAGUGGGGAGGUCAGCAUCCUGGAACUCAGUCAUAAGAAGAUGUUGAAGAAACGAAACAAGAAGAUCCUGGACAAUUGGAUGACCAUUCAAGAACUAAUGAGCCAUGGUGCUCGAGAACCUGAGGGCACCAAAGUCCACAAUGCCUUCCUCUCAGUUACCACUGUUUAGCAAAGAGUGACACCCUGAACUUAAGAGCACAACCCUUUUGUGGUCUUUUAUGUACUUUCCUCAUUCCAAGUGGCCAUUUUUAAAAAGUGAAGAUGCAGAUAUUUUUCAUGAUUUGUGAAACUGAGUAAUACUUAGUGUAGACUUUUUUCAACUCAACUGGCUGUGGUCUCAAUACUCAAAUGUGAAUGUUCAAACUCUCUUUUGAUAUAUCGACAGGUAAUACUUUACCGCUUCAGACCUCGCUGUGUUUUCUUACUAGAAUGUAUAAAGGAUACAGUUUUAAUAGGAUUUUACACACUGCAUUGUUUCCAUACAUUUGUAUUUUAUAAUUGGCAAUUUUUCAUGGGGUUUUAAGAAUAAAACAAUACUUGAAUGUACGUACAAUGUCAGCUUUUGCUGCCAUUCCGUCAUUUAACUCCAGAAAUGUAAAUAUCCUUUGUUCUUCUCAAUAUGUUUAUGGGUAAAGGUCUUCAUUUUAGCUGAUCAGGUUUACAUCAUAUUUAAAAACUGUUUGAAAUAACCCAUUGUAAAGGUAUUGUAUACAAUACCUAUGGGUUUUGUACUGUUCUGUUACUAAUGAACAUUAUUUAUAUUUUUGAGUCUUAUAAUUUAUGUAGGCUUUGUUCCAUCUUUAUGAUGCCAAAUGACCCGAUAAACAACUGAUAAACAUGGAGUGAAUAUGUUAUUUCUACCACUCUCAUUGUGCCUUGUAUUGAGGCUCAUUUUUCUACCACAGGUUGUGAAGCGACACCCUGAGUGAUUGUAGUCAUGUUUUUAAUCUCAUUUUAUGUAUAAGACAACUUUGUAGCCUGUUCUACAUGUUCUAGGUGUGUUACAUGAGGAAAAAAGGAAUACAUUAUUGUUAAAUAACUUAAAUAAUUAUGUUUUGUAAUCAUCCCUUUUCAAAUAAUGUUUCCCAGUUUUUCUACUUGUACUUAUAUUCACUGUAUAUUAAGCAUACAAAGAUGUAUGUAGAAUAAUUGUAGUAUUUGUAGUGCAAAAGGUCUCGGGUUCAAAUCCCGGAUGAGCUCCCAGUUAUUACAUCCUCUGCAGUCUCUUAAACUAAUUCUACAAAGCUAAGGGAUUUGAUUGAUUUGCAUUCUUGAUUGACUGCUUGAACUAAUUAAGAACUGCGAUUACAUUAUUAGACUCAGACAACAUUUGCGAUUGUUUGAUUUGCAUCUCACCCAAAUACCACACCUGUCAUUUUUAACCUUGUCAGACAGUAAUGUUAAGAUCAGAUCGGUUUGAUUACAAAUGUAUGGCUGCGAGAAUACUUUCAUGAUAAGCAUCACUCCCAUUAUGUUUGCUGAAAAGCAUGAAAGCAUAGAGAUGAAUUCUCAAAAUAAAUAACUAGUAUAAUAGUUAUUUUACCAUUGUCAGCUCUUUGAACACUGGAACCAAAAACCGCUAAAGCCAAUGAUUGCAUGAAUCAUACAUCCUAGAGCUGGUCCUGAAGUACCCCCAGAACUGUACAUUUUGAAUGUCUCCCUAUUCUGACACCGUGGAGCCCCUACUGUCACGUCUGUCACGUCAUCAUCCCUUCUUGUUC